AUGGAUACUUAUAACUCAAAUAAUCGGAUACGAUCUGACGACUAUCUUUUUGUGGCUGCUCUGGAUUUUGGGACGACGUAUUCAGGGUAUGCCUUUAGCUCUAGAUCUGAAUACAGGGAAAGUCCCCUUAAGAUCCACGCCAAUCAGGCCUGGAAUGCUGGAGGGAGUUCCUUGGCAUCUAUGAAGACUCCCACCUCUCUUCUUCUGGACUCUGAAGGCGAAUUUGUUUCUUUUGGUUACGAAGCAGAAAACAAACAUGGUAGUUUGGUGAUGGAAGGAGACAGCGACAAUUAUUUGUUCUUCUCUAGAUUUAAAAUGAAACACCACAACCGAGAUCUCUUAAAAGAAGAUACCCCAAUUCCUGAUAUUUCCGGUAAACCAUGGCCAGCAAAAGAUGUGUUCACAAAAUCCAUUAAAGCUUUAAAGGACCAUCUGAUGGACCGACUAUCAUUGCAGGGGAUUGAUAUUACAACAAGUGAAAUUCGAUGGGUGCUAACGGUCCCUGCUAUAUGGAGCGACUCUGCAAAGAAAUUCAUGCGUAAAUGCGCAGAACUUGCUGGGAUACCUGGUGAACUGUUGUCUAUUGCUCUGGAGCCAGAGGCAGCAUCUAUAUACUGCCAACAUCUUCCAGACCAUAGAAACUCUGGACAUUUGUCCGAAAGAGGGACCAAAUAUAUGAUAAUAGAUAUAGGAGGCAAUGACCGUCAUCCAGAUUUAAUUAAUAUAGAUGAAGGUUCUCUACAUAAUUCCAAGCCAAGACCAAAACCUGCUGUUACAAUAGACAGAGAUGAUGAUGACGAAGAUGGAGAUGAUAGUGACGUCAUCGACGGUUCCGGCUCUGGGGCCAGUGAAGUUAAAUUGGAAAGCACCACAUUACACCCAACACAAUACCCAGGUCCUGUGGUUAUGGAAACACCUUCACCAAUGUCAACCAUGGACGAUAGGAAAAUCAAAGAAAUAAUCAUUCAAGAAAAAGGUUCAAAGCCUCUAAAAGAUGCUUCAGAUAACAACACACAAGUAUUGGUUUAUGGAAAUAAUGUUAUUACCCUAGUAUCUGAUGACGACAAUGAACACAAGAAAAGCGAAGAUAAAAAGGCAGCCUCCCAUAUAUUGGCUGAAAAGAUUAAAGAAACUGGAAAAAAUCCUACACUACCAGAGGAGACGAAGCAAGAACAAAGUGACAGAAUUUGUGAAGCUCUUGCAUGUAAAUAUGGUGCAAAAUGUAUCGAAAAAGAACCACUUAACUUUGAAUGCAUCUGUCCAGUUGGCACAUGCGCAGACGAGGAGGGUGCAGAGGUGUGUGGGUCUGACGGCAAGACAUACCGAGGCUCUUGUCAGCUGGAGAUGGAGAGCUGCAAGCAACAGAAAAACAUCUCUAUAGUUAAACAGUCUAGCUGUGAGCAAGAAUCUCUAGAAAUAUGCCCGCUAUUUCCAGUCCCAAAGUGGAGUCCAUGGUCAAUGUGGAUAGAGUCUGGUGCCUCUGAGUUCCGUUUCCGGGUUUGCCUUUCCCAUGAAACCGGAAGUUCAGGAUGUGACGGAAAAUCUAUUGAGGAGCGGAAGUGUAGAAGUCGUAGAGUCGGUAAUUGUCAGUCUCCGCUAGGAAAGCCCAUAUCUAGAAAGGAGAGUAAAUGCGAAGGAAGCAACGUUGCCGACUACACAAAACUAGAUAUUUUGCUCCCAAGUUUAAAAAACGAAGAUUAUGACUGCAUGUUUUCUCUGUAUGACACCGCCGAGUCCAAAUUUGUCCACACAAAUUGGACCCUCAACCAGCUGUUAAACAAAGGGGAUCCAGUGGUCUGGUGUGCCCACAGAGGCAUGUUUGUUCCUUUUGUAUCUGCAAAUCAGAGGUGCAGUCAUCAUCUCAAGGACUUCUGCAACAAACCAAAGGUCUGUGCACAAAAGAAGAGAAAGGGACUAAAGGACCGAGGAGACUUCAAGAAGAAAUGUUGGAAAAAAUUUCUGUUGGGAGAAUCUCUUCCAGUUGCACUACCUCUACACGAUAAGUAUUUCAUCUGCCAGAGGUUCGCAGACGAAACUGAAUUUGCUCAUAUCUUUGGAAACAAGCCUCUCUUCACAACAGUGUACGACACCAAAAGGAAAAUUCCACUAAUCUCAUUUGGUCGCUUCAGCAGUCUUGGAGAUAAGUCUUGGCCCGCUGUACCUACUAUGAUUGAGAAAGGUCUGAAAAAAAUUGAACCAAUGGAUGUCGGCCUGAAAAAGAAGCGAGAGCCAAAUGGACUUCAGUAUGUAUCAACUGAAGAUAUGACCUUCGAACAAAGAUGUCAGCUUGGAGUAUACCAGGCUAUAGAGUCUGACUAUGAGAACCAACCAUACCAGCUACAAUAUCUUUUGGCCCCUGAGUUAGCUGGAAGUGAUGUUGCAAAACGGAUCGCUACUCUUUCCAUGACCAAUACAGUUCCUAUCCAUGCCUCUAUUUACAGCGCCUGGAAACAGGCAUUGGAAAGUGUUAGAAAAUACGCCAUAAAUGUUUGUGGAGUUAUUAACCUGGAUCAAAAUGUUGAAAACCAUCACAGAAGAAAGAAGAACAAUUCCGCUGACUUACAUAUUUUAGCUGGAGGAGUGCCAUCUGAGAAUAAAACGAUUGGAAAUGAUGUAAAUGUCCCGGAUGUCAUUUGGUUGGCCGGAUGUUGUGUAAAAGGUGGUGAAACCAAGUCUUUUGCGAUCUAUGUAAGAAACGUCCAAAAUGGACAGAUAAUUUCAGCUCCUGUUGAACAAGUCGAGGUUCUUCUAUCAGAUCUUCAUAAAUCCGAACCAACGGUUCGGUUAUUUCCGGCACUGAACGGAAUGUGUGCAGACUUACAGAAUGACGUUUCAAAAUACGUGAUUGUUUGAAAGGUAUAGCAGACACAGUGUUAAACAUAAACAUUACUUUUUACAGUUCUCCCAUCCCUAACAUCUUGGAAAUAAUACUCAGCAAUUUAUAAAAUCUGUACACAAAAUGGUUUGAUCUAAUUACUUGUUUGUACAAUUUGGAUUACUCGAAAUCAAAAUUAAGAUGACAAAAAUUACAAGUUUGUUUAGAAUUCUACAACUGCAAUGAUUUAUGGUGGAUUAUGAAGUACAAAUGAUCUUUUUCAUUUCAAGUAUAAAAGCAAUAGAAAUCGUUUUCCAUUCAUUUUGUGUGUACAGAAUCAUCGAUAUGUUUAUGUUUAUAUACAUUUGUAUUUCUACAGGUUUUGGUACAAUACCCUUUACAUGGCAAUACUGAACGGUAAAAUACUCAAAGUAUAUUUCAUAUUUUAAGUAUUCAUUUAUCUUGACAUACAAAUAAAUGAAACUUAAGUAAAGGUACACAAUACCAUACAUUGUGUUAAAACUUCUAAGAAAGUUUAGUAGACCCAAGAUAUUUGACUUAUAGUGUGUAAACAAACCCGGCGAAAGGAUAUCUGUUCUAUUCCAUGUUUCAAAAGAAAUAGUUUCUACGUUGAUGAAAACUUAGAUUGUGCGAAAUGUUGCACUUUCUAGCACCUUUUAGUUUUCUUGGUUCAAAAAGGGUAAUUUAAGUAAUUCACAACUUGCUUUCAGUGUUCAAUCUCCAUGUACAUAUUCUUUAGAUAUACAUAAAACGCUUUGCCAUUUUCGUUACAAUGCAUUCAUUAAUGAGUCGAACAUUUUUCUUCUUAACAACAUUUAUUCAGACAUGCUCAUAGAGCUUUCCUGUAGGUACAAGCUACUCUGUGACUACAAUUAAUUUACAUUUCUCUCAGUUUAAAGGCUCAAAUAUUUGUGACUGCAUGACUUUAAUUUUGAGCGCAUAAAACAACAAAAAAAGAACACAACACAUAUUAUGACGUGAAAAACCACCCUACCGUUUCCAUAUAAAGCAAUAUUUCAAGUUAAUUUUAUCAUUGUGGUAGUUUGCAUAGAUCCAGGCAAUUAUACUCAAUAUAAUACCCUAACUGCUUGUAAAAUCUAAAGAAUUAGCCCAUGCAGUAGUUUAACAUUUAAGUUCAAGUUAUAGCUUAUAAGCAAACUUGUAUGAUAGACUUUGUAAUAUACCUUUUAAAGGUUUCUAAUUAAUAUAGAUUUUUGGCUUUAUCCAUUGAACCCAUAACUGCAAGUAUCUUACUCUAGCAUUUAUGUCGUUGUUUAUUAUACAUAUAUAACUUAUUACAAUUAUAGUGUAAAUAUCUUGAUAUUCGAAUUCAUGUCAUGUAUUGUUAAUAUUUUAUUUAAGUUAUAUUGCAUUUCAUUUUGUUCGUGUUAUUGCUGAAUAAAAUUGGUUUUCUUUAG